GGACGCAGAGCGCAGCAGCUCGGCGGCGCGGCGGCGUCUCAGCGACAUGGCGGAGCCGGAGGGGCUGUUUCCCGGCGAGGCGGCGGCGGUAGCGGCCGAGGAGGAGGAAGAGGCCGGGGCGGCGGCGGCGGCGGAGUCCGAGGCGCUGCUGCUGCUGAGCGGCGAGGCCGAGAGCAUGUCGGAGCCGAGCCCGGAGAGCGCCAGCCAGGCCGGGGACGGGGACGAGGAGGAGGAAGAGGAGGGCGGCGAGGAGAGCAGCCUGGUGGGGAGCAGCAGCACCAGCAGCGGCUGCUGCAGCGACGAGACCCGCUCGCUCAGCCCCGGCGGCAGCAGCGAGGCCGACGCUAAGGAGGAGCCCAAGGGCCCCGGGGCAGCCGAGGACGGGCUGGGCCGCGGCGGCGGCGGCAGCAGCAGCAGCAGCGUGUCCAGCGGCGGAGACGAAGGCUACGGCACCGGCGGAGGGGGCGGCAGCAGCGCAGCAGCAGCUGCUAGCGCCACGUCGGGGGGCCGGCGGGGCAGCCUGGAAAUGUCCUCGGACGGGGAGCCCCUGAGCCGGAUGGACUCGGAGGACAGCAUAAGCAGCACUAUAAUGGACGUAGACAGCACAAUUUCCAGUGGGCGUUCGACUCCAGUUAUGAUGAAUGGCCAAGGAGUUACAGCUUCAUCAACAAAAAGUAUUGCUUAUAACUGUUGUUGGGACCAGUGUCAUGCUUGCUUCAACUCCAGUCCGGAUCUGGCAGAUCACAUUCGCUCCAUACAUGUAGAUGGUCAGCGAGGAGGGGUAUUUGUUUGCUUGUGGAAAGGUUGCAAAGUAUAUAAUACACCUUCAACAAGUCAAAGUUGGUUACAGAGGCAUAUGCUGACGCACAGUGGGGACAAACCUUUCAAGUGUGUGGUUGGUGGGUGCAAUGCCAGUUUUGCAUCUCAGGGAGGGCUGGCUCGUCAUGUGCCCACGCACUUCAGCCAACAGAACUCUUCAAAAGUUGCCAGCCAGCCAAAGGCCAAAGAGGAAUCUCCUUCUAAAGCUGGAAUGAACAAAAGAAGGAAGUUAAAGAACAAGAGACGACGCUCAUUACCAAGACCACAUGACUUCUUUGAUGCACAAACACUGGAUGCCAUACGACAUCGAGCCAUCUGCUUCAACCUCUCAGCUCAUAUAGAAAGUUUAGGAAAAGGCCAUAGUGUUGUAUUUCAUAGUACUGUAAUAGCUAAAAGAAAAGAGGAGUCUGGAAAAAUAAAACUCUUGCUUCACUGGACACCAGAAGACAUUCUGCCUGAUGUGUGGGUAAAUGAAAGUGAACGACAUCAAUUAAAAACUAAAGUAGUUCAUUUAUCAAAACUACCAAAAGAUACUGCCUUGCUUCUGGACCCAAACAUAUACAGAACAAUGCCACAGAAGAGGUUGAAGAGGUAAAAACAAAGCAGUUGGGGACACCUGCAGUCUUAGUCACUGACAAUGGAAUUAGAAAUAAAGUUGCACAUUAGUCAAGGCCCCCCAACCCACCCUCAUCCUUUUUUUCAAAUCCUUAGAUAAUAUUUAUGCUUAGUGUAAACAUUCUGUGAAUGAAGUAGAUGCUUCUGUGGAAUAUAUUAAUAUAUUACUGUAUAUCCACAUUGUCAUGGAAUGGUACAGUGGGAGACUGAGCAAACACUCUUCUGGCAACUUAGUGGAACAACUAAAAGGCUUUGCAUGCUUGCUUCUUUAAGCUGCUUUUCUUUUGUUAGUGUAUACUGUAGUUUGAAAAGAGGAAGUAACUAACCAUCACAACUUACAUAGUUCCCAGGAGAAUUCUUAACAAACUGCUAAGAGUUUAACACUCACCAGACAAUGAACAAACUACCCAGCUUUAUCCUAUUACCUUCUGAGUAUGGUGGAUAGUGAUCAAUCAUCAUUUAUACACUUGUGCAUCCUUUCACAAAAACUAAGAGACAUUAAAUGAUGUUUAAAUAAAUGUUAAUGGAAUGCUUGUUUUUCCCAAUCAACUAUAAAUUCAUAUAUCCAAGUAAGACUGAAAGGUGUUGUUAAGAGUGUUGCAGUAUGUCUGACCCUUUUUCAGGACUAGUACUGUAUGUUAAUGAGGUCUGCUUUUAUGUAAUCUUUAUUAUUGAACAGUUUUUAAAAAACCUCUACUUAAGUUAGCAAAAUUGGUGUUUGAUUUUAAUUUUUUGAACUUUUAAGAUUCUGUCACUUGUACAGUAUGUUUGGGUUUUUUUAUUUGGCCUAAUCUUUUCUAGAUGUAAAGAAAGAUAUUUUUUUAGAACAUCUAGAAAUUCAACCUUUAUGCACCAAAGUUGGCUCUGAAAAGGAAAAUAAAAUCACUUUCUUGCUUAAUAAGCAAGAAAUCAUGGAUUUUUUUAACUUGCAGAAAUAGAAAUGUGUGUAACUUGUUAGUCUUGUAUGGAGACAAAAAUGUUGCAUAUAGAUAAUAGGACAUUGCUUGUAAAUAAUUCAGCAGAUUUGUAAUAUAUUUUUAUAUUAUGAAAUGUACUGUAGAUGUUUUUCUAGAGGCAUGAAAGUUAAAAUGUAUAUAUUAUGUUAGAAAAUAUGGAAGGAUAUUGUAAUUCACUAGCGCUGCCAGAAGAAAUGUUUAAAAAAGCACCUUCCUAACAACAAAAAAAGUCAUUUGCAUACCUAAGGGACUGUAUACUACUGUUAAUAUCUGUUGUAAGAACAAAAAUACAUUGAACAUCCUUCCCAGAAAUCUUUGAGGGAGGAACAGAACCCAUAAUGGCACUGCUUUCUGAUAGUAAACGUGAAAUCGGUCAUUUCCUUGCUGUUGGAAGGAACUAAUGUAAAAUAUAUGUGGAUAUAUGCAGUCAAACUGCAGAAUUAGUCUUCCUUAUUGGGGAGGAAUUUUCACGUUACUACAGUGAAACGAAAAACCAGCAGUUUUUACACUAAAAUUUUAUUAAAUAGAAUAAAACUAGAAUUAACCCUUUGGCUGCAGGGUUAAGUGUUUCCUAAUAUAAUACGAAUGCAUUCUGCAUUGGUACUGACACAAGACUUGCUUGGCUCCAACGGGUUAAAUAUGUUACUUAUAUACAUGAAAAAUCUUAUCAAACAAAAUGAAGUGCAGAUUAAAAGCACCACUAAUAUAAGAAGAUGUUCUGGACUGGUUGUUUAAUAAAUAAGGGUAUUAUUCAUAAGAUUUGUAGCAACCUGACUUUAUUUUUUAAAAAAAUACAGUGUUUUGUUUAAUUUUUUUGCUUGAGCACUUCAUCUACUGCUUAUUCUGUACCUAUAAAGUAAUCCACAAUCUCUUUGGUUCUUUUUUAAAAUUUGUUAUAAAAUUGCCAAAUAGAAGUGUUUCAGAUAUAGUUUGUAUUUGUAUUUUUUUAAUUUUAUUGCUUCAUGAGUUCCUUGUAAGUCAUCUAUAAUGGACAGAUGAUUGUAGACCUUGCCUGAGUAUUUUUUCUAAUAAAACAAAGCAAAUAACCACGUUAGCUUCCAAAUUGUAACUAUUCAAUGAAGUUUUAAAAGAGCUGAAGAUAUAAAUUAAUUAUCUUUUUAGUUCCUCUGUAAAUGAUGGAAUGCACACUUAAUCAAGAGUUGUUGGAUAUAAAUCCUGUACUGUACCUGUAAACCAUUAAUAAUCA